AGUCUAGAUGUGGCAGUGUGUGUGACACAGCGUCUCCAGUAUACUAGUACACUGCUUAAAUUGUUUAUCCUUGUAAAUACCGAGAACGAGUUGUUUAUGAUAAAAACUGACCCCCAUGACCAGCUAUCAGUUAGAAACUCCCCCCAUUCCUUUAUGUUUAAAAAAAAUGUGAGGACGCAAACACUAGGUGAAGCUACUGUGAAGUCCAGAAGUGUACUCUCAGGAAUAAGUUCUGCGUCUUAUGAUUGAAAGUAGAACUACCAAAUAGACUGAGACAACAAAUAGUCCACACUUGGACUCAUGUGCAACGUUUGACACAAGUGGAAAAUGAAGUUGACUUCAGUUUUUAGUCUGGUCAUUGUACUUCCUGCCUGUUUGGCUUACUCCUAUUAUACCAGCAGAAUACCAAACGGGAACUAUGUCAUGCAUCCUUGUAAACCCAACUCGUUCUGGCCAGGAGUGGGACAUGAGGAUAAAGAUGGCGGAGGGCCGAAGAAUGAGUUCGGCAAAAAAUUCUCCAGAGCUUUCGGCAAGUGGACAAGAUCUCUUUGUCUAGAAGACUCGGACGGUGAUGGACGAACGAAUGGGGAAGAGCUUGGUGACCCGUUAUGUAUCUGGAGUCCCGGCAAAACUCCAUCACGCACAACCAAUAUCACACACCCAGGUGUGUGUGAGCCAAUGGGAGACCCCAAAUGUCGCGGAAAGAAUCUGUUUGUUACUUGCCCAGCAGAAAGUUUCGAUAGCUGUCCUGUUACUAAAACUUUUGGUAUUAAACAGUGGGAGCUUAAGUUUCCAGCCUUCAGUGUCCCAAAGAACAAGACGUCUGCUACCUGUGUGUCCUAUACCAUGCCGAGGGACCAGAGCUAUCACAUUGUGGCUGUACAGCCUAUCAUUAGCAACGCCGAUGUGCUUCAUCGCAUGGUGCUCUAUGGUUGCCAUGAUGACAGCAAACUAUUAACUCAGCCAUCAAGCUGCGCCAACACCAGCACAGAGUGUAAGACAAUCAUUGCACUGUGGACCCCUGGACAGAAAGGAGAAUGUUUCGGAGAUACUGUUGGGUUUAGAAUGGGCGCUACCGGUUUUAAACGUCUCAGAUUACAGAUUAACUACAAAAAUCCUACCGAAGAUCUGUCCCACAAAGAUUCUAGUGGGUUGCGUUUACAUUAUCGUCCAUAUAGAGGUAGUGUCCAAGAUGCGUUCACACUGGUCACUGGGCAGGCUACAUUAGAGCUAGCAGCUGGAUUCCCCAGACUUGAGAACACAGGCACGUGUAAAAGUGACUGCACUCGAAUGUUGUUCAACAAACCUGUGUUCGUCAUCAGUGGCUUUAAUCGCAUGUACUCUCUGGGUUCAUCCAUGAGCAUUCAGCUCUACAGAAAUAAAGUUUUUAUUUACAAUCUUACCAACGACGUGCUGUACAAUCUGGAUGCCCCAGUUACUCAUUACCCUAAACAGCAUGUCCAGAUAUUACCUGGCGAUGAAAUCAUCACAAGGUGUGUAUACAACACGACGUCUGCUGCCACGUCUGAUCCCAGCGGUCAAGUUCAAGGAGAAAUGUGUUAUGGAUAUUUAAAUGUGUAUCCACAAAGUGCCUUACGAAUUCCUGAUGGUACCUGCGUGGCGUCGUCCAGUUUGUCCUAUUGUGAACGCUCACAAAGUAUUCCAGUCGAUGGUUGUGACUGGAAGACUUUCCUCAGUUAUGGGGACCUGGAGUUGAUCGAUAUGUAUUGUCAGCUGAGAUCAAGCUGUCAGCUGCAGGGAUCUUGCAAUGCCCAUUGUCACGAAGUGAUCCAAAGUAUUUCUUCACAUCCUUGUUGGAAAGGAGGAGCUCAAGGUUACAUUCAGAAUUUUCUAAAGAAGACUAAACUCGGUUCUGAUUUCUUUCGGCGUUUAGACUAUUGCCAUAGCAACCAACCCGGCAGCUGUACACAAAACUGUUCUAGUGAUAUCCAACCUGGAUCUAGUAAUAACAGCCAAAGUUCACAAAACAAUGCGUCUAGUCCCAGUCAUGAUUUUAGCAGCAUUCUAAGCAUUGAUGACACUGACAGUAUCAGCAUGAAAUCCAAUGUCACUGAUGGUCGUGUUAGCAAGGGCAGCACAGACAAUAUUAGCGCCACUCAAAACAACACUAAUGACACCUUUAAUUCACAAAGCAUCCCUGGCGAUAACUCCAUCGUUCCCAAUAUCAGCCUUGCUGACGUAAACACUAAAAAUAGUACUUAUAGUAGCAGCCUAAUUGAAGCGAACACCACAAGUGUCAAUCAUAGUGCCAGCCUUGCUGACGUAAACACUAAAAAUACUACUUAUAGUAGCAGCCUAAUUGAAGCGAACACCACAAGUGUCAAUCAUAGUGCCAGCCUUGCUGACGCCAGCAUUGUUAAAAUUUUGAGCUCUGACAGCAUCGGCAACAUUAACAGUCAAGUGGAAAAUUAUUUUAAUGAGACAAUUAAACACUUCGCCGGGAAAAUGAGUGGCAAUCAGACGGCCAGCAAUGACCUAGAUCUAUUAGAGACUAAACGACAGGACACGACAUUCAAUAUAACCAGCACUGCUCACCUUGGAGGUGUUCAGCUCAACGCUACACUCUCCGCGAAUGAUAAAUCUGUUGCCGAAACUCGGAACUCAAGCAACGGAUUAACUAGCACCUAUCACAAUAGCGACACUGGACACAUCAGCACUACUCACAUUAACAACAAAGGCCAGAUUAGCAGCACUAGCGUUCUUGACCUUGGCCAUGUGAGCACAUCCUUCAUUGACAGCAAUGGUGCUAUCUGCACCGUCUACAUUGACAGCAAUGGAAACGUCAGCACCAGCUACAACGACGGCAAUGGGCGAGUCAGUACCAGCUACAUUGACAGCAAUGGAAACGUCAGCACCAGCUACAACGACGGCAAUGGGCGAGUCAGUACCACCCACAUCGACAGAAAAGGUCAAAUUAGCACCACUCACCUAGACAGCGAUGGUCACAUCAGCAUCUCUCGCAUUGAUAGCAAAGGUCUGGUCAGCACGAUUCGCACUGACAGUAAGGGCCGUAAUAGCAAAAGGGACGAUACCAGCGUUGAAGUUGGUAGCUACACAUAUGGUGACAGCAUUGGUCAUGUUGAGCCCAAACCUAGCGUCAGAGAUAAUGAAACAGCCAGCCAAAGCCUAGAACUUAGCUUUAACCCCAAAGACAUAUUCCAUAACGAAGCUAUAAGCGUUCACGAAGUGGCCUGCUAUUUGUCUUUUUACAUGUGUCUAAUUCAGGGGAUUAUUGUCACACUAAGACUUUUGUGAUUGUAUAUAAAAUGAACAACUGACAUUUUUAUAUACUUACUGUAUUAAAUGUUUGUUAUACCCGUCUAUAAUGACAGGGCACAGAAUAGAGCUUGUGAAUAGUUUUAAUAAAAAAAUGAUUCUCCCA